AUGGAACAGGAAGUUAGCAGUGACAAAAACAUGGUGGCACAAGACCACAACAAUGGCAGCCACUCCCGCGCAAACCCGAAAAGGCUCCGAUCGAAGGCGUGGGAAGACUUCACACCCAUCUACGUUGGUGGGAAGGUCGCGAAGGCUGAGUGCAUGCAUUGCCACCUGGUCUUCAAUAGCAACAGCACAAAUGGCACUAGCAACCUGCUUAAACACCAUGCCAUGUGCGGCCCCCGGGCCCAGAAGAGGCCAACACAACGGAAGAGUACAGCAGCAGCUGGCUCUGAUCCGACGCAGAAGAAGCUAUCGUUCUUUCCCACUAGCAAGAAGAAAUGCUUGGGCACAGCAGAUGCAAGGCCUGAGAAGAAGGAUCUUGUUUUGCUUCACAAUGACACUAAUCGGAAGAGCCAUGAGGGUAAUCAGAAUGGGUCUCAUGAGGAACUUGGAUCGCCUGAGCAGAAUGAUCUUGCCUUGCCUGAUGUUCCCACUGACAGAAAUACAAAGAGUCAACAAGUUGAUCAAAAUGGGUCUCAUGACGAACUAGCUACAGCUGAGCAGGAAAAUGAUGCCUUCCCUGACAAUCCCAUCAACAAGAAUGUAAAGAAUCAGUCCCAUGAGGAACUUGCAUUGCCUGAACACGAGGCCAUUCCUACUGCCAUAAAACUGAAGAAUCAGGAUGUUGGUCAGGAUGGAUCCCAUGGUGAGCUUGUUAGGAAAUUGGCCUUGCACGGUUACCUGCCCUCGAUGAUGGACCAUGGAGGACUCAGGAAGUCUGUGGAUUUCUUGAAUCCCGUGGUCAAGAUGCCAUCCUAUGCUGACUUGAUAUCUACAUUUUUGGAUUUGUUCGACAAUGAAAAGGCCAAGCUGAAGGAGAAGCUUGCAGCCCUUCGCAGUCGGGUAUGCUUGAGUGCUUACGUUUGGCACUACGAUCCAGUCUCGGCUUUCUUGUGCUUGAGUGUUCAUUACAUUGAUGAUGAAUGGGAGAGGCAACAAAAGAUCAUCACAUUUCGUGCCAUGGAUACUAUUUGCAAUGCAGAAGAACUGGGUGAAGCCAUAUUGCUGGCCAUCCGAGAUUGGGGUCUUUGUGGAAAAGUUUUCAGCAUUGUACUGGAUGAUGCAUUUAUUGAUGAUUCAGUGGCUUCAAGUGUCAAAGCACAGCUCAUGAAAGAGAACUCAACCUUUGCAAACCAGAGCUUGUUUGUGGUGCGUCGUGGAACUCAUUUACUUGAUCAGGUUAUUCAGGUGGGGCUGGAUGAACUUGAAAAAAUCAUGGAGAAAUCAGCAAACUGUUCUAAACCUAUGAUGGGUCCUAAGUAG